UCCUCUGUGCCAAGUUCCCUGUGGACCCUGGGCUGAGCAGUAUAAAGGGCAGCCGAGUGAGGCACCAGCACAGCCUCCCCAGCCUGCCAGUGACCUGUUGGACACCCGUGAGCACAGACCCUGGAGAUGAAGGCCCUGCUCCUGACCUUUGGCCUUGGCCUCAUUGCUGCCCUGCAGGCCCAGACCUUCCCCACCUUGGAGGAGGAUCAGGAUGUGUCAGGAACAUGGUACUUGAAAGCUACAGCACCAGACAAGGAGAUCCCCAAGAAGUUGGGAUCUGUGUCUGUGAGUCCCAUGACCAUCAAGACCCUGGAGGGGGGCAGCCUGCAAGUCAAGUUCACAACCCUGGUCUUUGAUCAGUGCCAGAACAUGAGCAUUAUCCUAGAGAAGACUGACCAGCCUGGCAAAUACACUGCCUCCUCCACCCUGUUCGCCUGCCCAGUGUCCGGUUGUGACCUGGAGCAGAGACCGACCACCUUCCUCAGAAGCCACGUCCUCCCAGAGGCUCAACUGCACACUGGAUCUGCCGGGCAUCGUUCCCUCAGCAGAAGAUGCCUGCGAGUUGACCAGACACUCCUAGUGUACAAAGGAAACACAGCAGAGGGCGCCCUGGCCAAACUGUACCCCAAAGCCAAGUCUUACCGCAUGCCACACCUGUACCUCUCCAUGCGUCUGCUUUCGAUAAAGGUGGCCAAUGUCUGA